GCCAUUCCGAAUUUCCCACGACGAGACGAUUGUGUGUACACUACUAUGUGAGGUAUGGGACGGCGCGCACCGUGGGGAGAUGAUGUAGGAAUUCACAGCCGACACCGACAAGGACUCCGGUGAAUUCGAUUAUGAUGUCGCUCGACUGCAUCCUCCCGUCCACGUCGGGGCCCUUCGCGCUCGCUGAGGUUUGUCUUGGUGGACCGUCUCGGGCAAGGGGUCUCGUGUGUGUGUGGAGGCCAAGAGGAGCGCAGACAGGCCUGUCUACCAGCUUCCCGGCAGGGAUGGUCGCGACCAUGUCGGCACUACGAUGUGUGCACACAUACCUAUCACAAUCCCUAUUAUCUGCCGCACACACCACCUCCAAUGUAGACGUGCAGCAGGCCUCUCUGCAGACGUACUCUGGACAGGAAGACCACCACCACGGCGCAGUCAUUGCCGUGGUGGUUAGUCUCAUCUUAGCCCACAGGCUAGCCAUGGAACAAAACUUGGUUCUCGUCGAAGCCUGUGCGUCGUUGCUCGACGGGGCUCGGGUUCGAAAACACACAGGGUUUGGUUGCCAUCCCCAGGCAUCCUGGACUUGCUAGCACGGAUACCGAUUCUCUCUAAUCCUUUAGUAUAGCCAGACGGGGCCGACGGGGGCCAAUGGGAGACAACGCGUCGGCACAUUAUCGUAGAGAACCCUUGCAUAAACCGCCAGCCAUGGCUUUGGAAAGACAACUAAUGCGCGCUCGCCUGGGUUGAACCAUGCUGAACCCACCACAUCAAGAAGGGGGAGGGGAGGGGAGAGAGAGAAAGAGAGGAGGAGGGAAGAGGAGGAGGAGAAGGCGAGUAUGGAGAAAAUAAUAACAUGUCACCUGUCUCGCUGAUGGGGCGCCUGUC